GAGAAAAGGAAACGUGGCUGACGCCUGCACCUUUGGGAUUGAAUCUGGAGAAACUGCUCACUCUCAGAAAAUGGAUUCUGUACCACUGCUGACCCGUGUUUUGACUUUGCUGUUCUCCGGUUUCUGGCAUUUAGGACUUACAGCGACAAAUUACAACUGUGAUGGCCCUUUAGCAUCUCAGCUCUCUCCAGAGGCUUUUUCCAGUUCCUCAGAUCUCACUGGUGCUCCCAGCACAGCACAGCUCAACAGGCGAGUUGGAACUGGUGGUUGGUCCCCGGCUGACUCCAAUGUGCAACAGUGGCUCCAAAUGGACCUCGGAAAUAGAGUGGAGAUUACAGCAGUGGCCACACAGGGAAGAUAUGGAAGCUCCGACUGGGUAACAAGCUACAGUCUGAUGUUCAGUGACACAGGACACAACUGGAAGCAGUACAGGCAAGAAGGCGGCAUCUGGGCCUUUGCGGGGAACGUGAACUCUGACGGUGUGGUACACCACAAGCUCCCACACUCCGUGAGAGCCCGCUUCGUUCGCUUUGUGCCGUUGCGGUGGAACCCAAGUGGGAAGAUUGGCAUGAGGGUCGAGGUCUAUGGCUGCUCCUACAAAUCUGACGUCACCAACUUUGACGGCCGGAGCUCGCUGCUCUACAGGUUCAGUCAGAAGCUGAUGAGCACUCUCAAAGACGUCAUCUCCCUCAAGUUCAAGAGCCUGCAAGGAGAUGGGGUCCUGUUCCAUGGAGAGGGUCAGCGCGGAGACCACAUCACCCUGGAGCUCCAGAAGGGAAAACUCGCCCUGCAUCUCAACUUGGAUGACAGAAAGGCCCGGCCCAGAAGCAGUCCACCGUCAGCCACUCUGGGAAGCCUUCUCGAUGACCAACACUGGCACUCAGUCCUGAUUGAGAGGAUGGGCAAGCAGGUGAACUUCACCGUGGACAAACACACAGAGCACUUCAGGUCCAAGGGCGUGGCAGACGCCUUGGACCUCGACUAUGAGCUUAGUUUUGGAGGAAUUCCAGUACCAGGCAAACCUGGAACCUUUUUAAAGAAAAAUUUUCAUGGAUGUAUUGAAAACCUCUACUACAACGGAGUAAAUAUAAUUGACCUGGCUAAGAGACGGAAGCAUCAGAUCUACACUGUGGGCAAUGUCACUUUUUCCUGCUCUGAACCACCCAUCGUUCCCAUCACAUUUGUCAACUCCAGCAGCAGGUACUUGCUCCUGCCUGGCACCCCGCGAAUCGAUGGGCUCUCAGUGAGUUUCCAGUUUAGAACGUGGAACAAGGAUGGGGUGCUUCUGUCCACUGAGCUGGCUGAGGGCUCGGGAACCCUGCUGCUGAGUCUGGAGGGCGGCAUCCUGAGGCUGCUCCUCCAGAAAACCACUGAACAUGUCACAGAAAUCCUCACAGGCAGCAAUCUGCAUGAUGGCCUGUGGCAUGUGGUCAGCAUCAGUGCCAGAAGGAACCGCAUCACUCUCACUCUGGAUAAUGACGCAGCAUCCACAGCUCAAGACACUACCCCAGUGCACAUUUAUUCAGGAAGCAGCUACUACUUCGGAGGGUGCCCUGACCAUCUCACCGAGUCCCAAUGUCUCAGUCCCGUUAAGGCUUUCCAAGGCUGCAUGAGGCUCAUCUUCAUUGAUAACCAGCCCAAGGACCUCAUUUCAGUUCAGCAAGGUGCCCUGGGGAAUUUUAGUGGUUUACACAUUGAUCUGUGCAGCAUCAAAGACAGGUGUUUGCCAAACUACUGUGAACAUGGAGGGAGCUGCUCCCAGUCCUGGUCCACCUUCCAUUGUAACUGCAGUGGCACGGGCUACAUUGGUGCUACUUGCCAUAACUCCAUGUACGAGCAGUCUUGCGAAGUGUACAGGCAUCAAGGGAACACAGCCGGUCUCUUCUACAUCGACUCAGAUGGCAGCGGGCCCCUGGCACCUCUCCAAGUGUACUGCGAUAUCACUGAGGACAAGAUCUGGACAACAGUACAGCACAGCAAUGCAGAGCUGACACCUGUAAAUGGAUACGUGCCUGAAAAGUCCUACACCAUGACCUUGGACUACGGCGGCAGCAUGGCGCAAUUGGAGGCUCUGAUUGACAGCUCAGACCACUGCGAGCAGGAGGUGGCUUACCACUGCAGGAGAUCUCACCUGGUCAACACAGCAGAUGGAGCACCAUACAUCUGGUGGAUCGGGCGGUCCAAGGAGAGGUUCCCAUACUGGGGCGGUUCCCCUCCUGGGCUCCAGCAGUGUGAAUGUGGCCUGGACAGGAGUUGCAUGGACAUUCCACACGUUUGCAACUGUGACCUGGACAAAGAUGAGUGGACAAAUUAUACUGGCUUAAUUUCUUUUAAAGACCACUUGCCUGUUACUCAGAUCGUUAUCACGGGUACCAACAGAUCUAACUCAGAAGCUGCUUGGAGAGUUGGUCCAUUGCGUUGCUAUGGUGACCGACACUUCUGGAAUGCGGUCACAUUUGACACAGAAGCCUCUUACCUCCACUUUCCUACUUUUCAAGCGGAAUACAGCACCGACAUUUCCUUCUUCUUUAAAACCACAGACUUAUCGGGAGUUUUCUUAGAAAAUUUUAGCAUGAAAGUUUUCAUCAGACUUGAAAUGAGUUCUCCUUCUGAGGUCACCUUUGCCAUUGAUGUUGGGAAUGGACCCAUAUUGCUCAUCAUCCAGUCUCCUUUUCCUCUGAAUGACAAUCAGUGGCACCGUGUCUGGGCUGAGAGGGACCUCAAGGAGACCUCAUUGCAGGUGGACAACCUCCCCAGGAACAGUAGAGAGACCACAGAGGACGGCCAUUUCCAACUGCAGCUCAACAGCCAGUUGCUUGUAGGAGGCUCAUCAUCAAGACAGAAAGGCUUCCAAGGAUGUAUUCGCUCCUUACGUGUGAAUGGGCAGAAACUGGACCUGGAGGAAAGGGCCAGGGGCACGUCUGGAGUCAGGCCCAGCUGCCCAGGCCACUGCAGCAGCUAUGGUAACAUCUGUCACAAUGGGGGCAGGUGUGUGGAGAGGCACAGAGGCUACCUGUGUGACUGCACCAGCUCACCAUAUGAAGGGCCCUUUUGCAACAAAGAAGUUUCUGCUGUUUUUGAGGCUGGGACAUCAGUUACUUACACGUUUCAAGAACCCUACCCAGUGACCAAGAACCACAGUCUCUCAUCUACAGCUAUUUACGCAGAUGCAGCUCCGUCCAAACAAAACAUUGCUCUCAGCUUUGUGACAGGUCGGGCACCCAGCCUCUUGCUCUUCAUUAAUUAUUCUUCUCAGGACUUCCUGGUCAUUCUGAUCUGCAAGAAUGGAAGUUUGCAGGUCCGCUAUCAGCUAAGCAAGGAAGACACCCACAUAUUCACCAUUGACGUAGAGAACUUUGCUAAUGGAAGGAUGCAUCACUUGAAGAUAAACCGAGAGGGGAGAGAGCUUACCAUGCAGGUGAAUCAGCAGCUCCAGUUCAGCUAUACCAUCUCCUCAGAAGCCGAGCUCAGGCCUGCCAGGUCCUUGACCCUGGGCCAAGUGACAGAGAACCUUGGCUUGGAUUCUGAAGUGGCUAGGGCGAACACCUUGGGGUUCCUUGGAUGCCUGUCUUCAGUCCAGUACAACCACAUAGCACCAUUGAAGGCAGCCCUGCGUCACACCACUGCAGCUCCUGUGACCGUCCAAGGCACCUUGGCAGAAGCCAGCUGUGGCUCCAUGGUAAAUUCCAACGUCAAUGCAGUGACCACUGAGCAUUCUUCAUCAGAUCCCUUUGGGAAGGUGGAUGAGCGGGAACCACUCACCAAUGCAAUUCAAAAUGAUUCUGCAGUCAUUGGAGGAGUCAUAGCACUGGUGAUAUUCAUCAUCAUCUGCAGCAUCGGCACCAUGAGCCACUUCCUGUACCAGCACAAGCGGUCCCGUCGCACAAGCCAGAUGAAAAAAGAAUACUCUGAAAAUGUGGACAGCUCCUUCCGAAACGAGGUGGACUUGCAGAUCCCAGCAAAGGAGUGUAAACGAGAGUAUUUCUUCUGAAAAUCUGCAGGCUCGUCGGAUAC